AUGUCCUUCAAAGCUCCUUAUCCUCCGUACGAUCCACUAGACAAAGCAGGAUACGACACAGUUAUCCGACGAUGGCCCAUUAUCAUAACAUCCAUUAUAGACGAACUACACAACGCCUGCCAUUUCAUGUCCCUAGAACUGGUGGAUGUCAAGGACGAAACCAAGAAGAAGGAACUAGAGGAUAAGGUUGCGGAGGGCAACCAGAUCAUCGGAAAGAUCAGUAAACUCAAGUACGAAAUGGCUCGGGAUCGCGCUUUGGAACCUAUACCGGAUGACGGUGAACCGCUGCAGGAGAUUUAUAACAAGGAGCUGGAGGCUUUGGCGUCCGAGUCGAAGAAUACUUGGUUCACGGCUCCUUGGUUGUAUGCCGAAUGUUACCUAUAUCGCCUUCUGCGAUCCUACUUUGCCCUGACGAAGCAUUGGAAAGCCUAUGAUCCCUUCUUCUCCAACAAAACGAAGACCUUCAAGCAUUCCGGGUCGUCCGUUUUCAGUCCCUCACCACUUUCCCUGACAUCCACAGAACUCGCUACCACUGUCCACGAACUAGAGAAGAACAAGUCUGAACUAGAGAAUGACCCUUCGAAGAUAGAAGUCAUCUUUAAAGAGAUGAUCCAGAUGUGCCUCUGGGGAAAUGCGACAGACUUGUCCCUGCUAACUCACCUCACUGAAGACGACAUCAAGAACCUGCAGACCGUGGAGAAGGAUGCACAGGCCGCUCGUUCCAAGUUCAUUCUCAAAGACGAUCAGGAUGAAGUUUGGAACCACGUUAAAGGCCUGGAUAAAGCACGAGUGGACUUUGUCCUGGAUAACUCUGGAUUCGAACUCUUCACCGACCUGGUGUUUGCGGACUUCUUGGUGACCUACACUCCCUAUGUCAGCAAGGUCGUUUUCCACCCUAAGCUGAUCCCAUGGUUCGUCUCCGACGUCCUCCCCAUCGACUUUGUGACAAUCAUCGACCAACUCCUCGACCCUGCAUUCUUCUCCGACGUCGCCGAGCAGGACACAUCUCUCCUCGUCAGCGAACAAGUCAAGGGCAUGGCUUCGCGCUGGAAAUCCUACGUCGAGAGUGGCGUAUUCGAGUUGUCUGUACCUCUAGAUACACCGAUCGGCGCCGACGCGAAGGCAGGUGAAUUCUGGACGACACCUUAUCCUUACUGGAAUCUGCACGAGCAUGAUCCUGCAUUGUUUGAAUCUCUCAAGAAGAGUGGAUUGGUUAUUUUCAAGGGUGACCUCAAGUUGACCGGAGACGUGAAGUGGCCUUCCUGGACACCGUUCCCAGAGGCCAUCGGGCCCCUUGCGGGUGCUUUCCCUCUGCUCAGCUUGCGAACCAACAAGGCGGAUGUAGCGGUUGGCGUGCCCAAGGAGGUCGCCGAACAGCUCGAUCAGCAAGGAGAAAAGUGGCGGGUGGAUGGACGAUACGCCCUAAUCUCCUUCGUGCCACCUGCAAGUUCAUAG